AUGUGCCUCCGGGACACUGGGACCGACAGCGUGGCCCAGAUUGUCCCUGACAGCCUUGUCUGGCUCCCGCCCGGCGCUGCCGUCCCGCGGGAUGACACUCGGCUUCACUCGGCUCGGCAGCGAUUCCGGCUGCCCGAGGAGAAGGAGAAACAGAUGGAAAACCGGCUUAAACGUUCCCGGCGGGAAGUCCAUUGCCAGCCACGGACUUGCCAGAGCCCAGCCAAGCCACAGGAUUACUGGAGGAAAGAGCCCCUGGCAGGGUCGCCCUGCAGGUUCCACCGCGGGGACUACACGGUGGAGGUGAGCAUCAACGACUACCUGGACAUCUACUGCCCGCACUACGAGGAGCCGCUGCCCGAGCGCAUGGAGAGGUACAUCCUGUACAUGGUGAACUACGAGGGCCACGCGUCCUGCGACCACCGGCAGCGCGGCUUCAAGCGCUGGGAGUGCAACCGCCCCGACUCCCCCAACGGGCCCCUCAAGUUCUCCGAGAAGUUCCAGCUCUUCACCCCCUUCUCGCUGGGGUUCGAGUUCAGGCCCGGCCACGAGUACUAUUACAUCUCCGCAUCCCCCCCGAACAUGGUGGACAGGCCCUGCCUGAAGCUGAAGGUUUAUGUUCGGCCAACGAACGAUUCCCUCUACGAGUCCCCGGAGCCCAUUUUCACCAGCAACAACUCCUGCUGCAGCCUCAGGGUCCCGCCGGCCGCGCUGGCGGUGGUGCCGGUCGUCUGGACGCUCCUGGCCUCGUAGCCCGACCCCGACGCGCCGGGAGCGGCUCCGCGGGGCGGGAGCAGCCCGGGCACGGAUCCUGCCUGGAUGGUGCCUGGGGAGGUCACUGGUGCUGCCGGCGAGGAUCCUGCGGCCACGAGAAGUCCCUGUGGUGGCACAGUCACCCCUUGGGGAGCGGUGCCGGGCUGUCCCGUGGGAUGGAUCCCGGCUCCCAUCCCUGUCCUGCAGCUCGAGCUCCGGCCAUCCCGGUCGGGCAUCGCUUUUUACAUUUCUAGACCAAAUACAGAGUCCUCGUCCGUUGGUUUUUUCUUUUUUUUUUUUUUUUUUUUUUAAAAAAAAAAAAAAAGGUUUUUAUUUUUAGUUGUUGGGUUUUUUCCCGGCCGGGCCCCCCCCCCAGGCCAGACUGACCUGCCCGGGGCCAGGCUCAGCCCCCGCCCGGUGGAGCCUCCGGAUUGCCGGGACCGCCGGACACAGCGAUGGUGCCAACGGCUCCGUGGGCACGGACUCCUUCCCAGCCCGGCCGCAGGAUGUCACAGAGCCGGUCCGGACACCCCCAGACACCCCCGGACACGAGGGUGGACAGACACAGCCCCCCUGGGGGGGUCACCCCAUUCCCUUCGCUCGUGCCACAGAUGGCACCAGUGUCCCCAUGGAACACCGGGACGGCUCCGUGAGCAGCAGAGGAAACUGGAUACAGCCGAGGGGAGCACCGGGAACGGCCGGCAGAGAGCACCGGGAUGGCCAGUGCUGGGAGAGCACCGGGAAGGGCCGGCUGAUACCGGGAGCACUGGAAUGGGUGGCGUGGAGAGCACCGGGAAUGGCCGGCAGGAAGAGCAGGGGGGAUGUCUGCUGGCACAGGGAGCACCGGGAAUGGCCGGCACAGAGAGCACCGAGCAUGGACAGCACUGGAGAUGGCUGGCACUGAAAAUGGCCGGCACUGGGAGCACCAGGAAUAGCUGGCACUGAAAAUGGCCGGCACUGGGAACACCGGGAAUGGCCGGCUGGCACGGGAAGCACCGCCGGGCGCUGGGAGCCGGCGGGCCGGGCUCGCCCAGCCGUGGGCAUCAUUCCAAGGGCAUUUGUCCGGCGCCGGGGCUGGAGCCCUGCCGGAGCAGGGCUGAGCUCGCCGGGGCGGGAGGAGGCUGUGCCAUGGAUUUUCCUCCUCCGCUCUGCACCGUGUCCCCCCGAUGCCUUGGGGGUCCAAGAGUCCCCCCAGGGGGGCCACGUCCAUCGUGGUGCUCCCCAUGGUCCCCCCUUUGCCCCCCGACAUUCCGGGGUUGGGCUUGGGGAUUUUUCCCUUUUCCUUUGCAUUAAUAAGCAAACCCCCCCCCCCAAAACCCCUGAUCCGAGGUUGGCCCUGACCCCAGGGGUGGCAGGUCCCCAGGGAGGGGUCCCCCCGCAGCCCCGGGGUCUGACCCCUCCUCGCCUUAAAUCUGGGGCUGUCCCACCUGGGGGGGUCCCCUGCCUGUCCCACAGAGCCCCCCCAUUCCCCAGGGGGUUGGUGGUCCCAGGGGAUGCCGGUGAUGGGCUCAGCCCCAGCCGCAGCCCCCAUUCCACGUGGAUCCUGGCCCUUCCCGAGGGCUCCGUCCCUGUACAUACAGCGCUAUACUGUGAGCGGUUUUUUUUAUGUAUUGUUGAGAAUGGAUUUUAUGGAAGGGUUUAUCUUAUUUUUAUUUUAUUUUUAUUUUUUAGACUAGGAAGCUGGAAUCUCGCAAUAAGCUCAUCUCGACCAUCCAAAAAAAACCCAAACAAACAAACAAACAGAUAAAAAAAAAAAAUACAAAAAAAAGAAAAACCCCAC